AAGUCGGUUUCAGGUGUUUCAGCAUUCCCAGACGACUCAGGAAGUGAGUGCUGAAGCUUUGAUUCGUUGUCAAGAAGCUACAAGAUUUACUUAUUUACUUUUUACUGAACACUACAGCUUCAAGGUCCGAACCUCUGCUGAAUUUUUGUGAAGGAGAACAAACUAACAAGCUACAGAAAACAAAAAGGGUUGUCUCGAUCCCGUGGGACUUCUCUUGGAUCCUUCUUUGAAGAUGCAUUCCGCCAGAUAUGGGAAAGAUGGUCACAGCAAACAUGAGCGGAUCGACUUUUUAACCCAAAAAGAGAAGGCACCACCAAAGAGCAAGACUGGCAUCGUGAUUGGUGUUGUUGUGGCACUUCUCAUCCUUUCAGCCGUCGCAGCUUUCCUCAUUUGGUUUUUUGUCUUUAAAGAUGCUGAUUCAGAUGCCGCCCUCAGUAAGCAGCUCCGUCAAUCAGUACCGGUUUUUAGCGGGCGUAUGACGCUGGUUAAUCAACCUUAUGACCAAAACCUGGAGGACACCAACAGCCCAGAAUUCCAGGCUCUGGCAGAAAAAUUGGAGACAGUUCUGGGGAACUAUUUAAAGAGAGAUCCAAUCCUUGAAAAAUACUACACCAAAUCUGUAGUCACUGCAUUCAGCGAGGGCGUGAAAGCCUACUACUGGUCUCAGUUCAACAUUCCACACAGCGACCUGGAGAUGAUACCGGACGUUUCAGAGGAGCGGAUCUUGGAUGCACUGGAGAGUGGCAUUAGGCAAAGCCGCUCGGCAAGUGCCCCUGAUGUCAAGAUCAGUCAAGUCACUGCCUCACUCACGGAUUCUCGUAUGGCCAGGGACCCAAGAGCCAAUGAUUGUUUCUACCGUCUGGAAGCUGACACAAAUCCCCAGAAUUUUUCAUCUCCAGGGUACCCCACGGGCUACCCCCCCAAGUCACGGUGUCAGUGGCAAAUCCGAGCCUCGGAGGAAAACGUUAUAGUUGUAAAUUUCCUUUAUUUCUACAUUGAGGAUGACUGCUCAGACGACUUUGUCUACAUCUAUGACUCUUUGAGUCCAGACGAUUCUCAGGCCAUUACAAAGAAGUGUGGUCAGAGGCCUCCUUCUAACCCUCUGGAAGUUGUGUCAUCUAACAACAUCAUGCUGAUUAACUUUAUAGCUGAGACUCAUGCUCAGAAGCCUGGCUUCCAAGCCGCGUACAGUGUGAUCCCCAAGGCUGAUGUUACGUGUGGUGGCAGCCUUUCUCAAAAACAGGGAAACUUCACUUCCCCACUUUACCCAAGCUUUUAUCCUCCUGCUAAAGACUGCAAGUGGACCAUCACGGUCGCUCCUGGGAGCAAAGUACGGCUGAGGUUCACCAUGUUUCGCAUGAAAGAGCCUGGGGUGGACACGCGUUUAUGUCACAAAGACUAUGUGGAAAUUAUGGGAAACAAGUAUUGUGGAGAAGUCGCAUCGCUGUCUUUGACCUCUGACACCAACGUUCUAGUGGUUAAUUUCCACUCUGAUAGGUCUCACACUGACAAAGGCUUCAGUGCAGAGUACAGUUCCUAUGAUCCUUCAAACCCUUGCCCUGACCGGUUUGCCUGCACCAAUGGCCUGUGCAUCGACCAGAAAUUGAAGUGUGAUGGCUGGAACGACUGUGGUGACAUGAGCGAUGAGAGGCAGUGCAAUUGCGAUAAGGACCAGUUCGCUUGCAGUAAUGGCAUGUGUAAACCGAAACUCUGGGUGUGUGAUCAUGUCAACGACUGUGGGGAUGGAAGUGAUGAGAAAAUAUGCGGUUGUGCCCAAAAUGAGUUCCAGUGUGGGAACGGGGUUUGUCUGCCACAGAGUGUUCAGUGUGAUGAUAAGCAAGACUGCAAAGAUGGGAGCGAUGAGGUUGGUUGUAAAACUGAUACGAGUAUAUGCACUGACUAUAGCUUCAAGUGUAAGAGCGGAGUUUGUAUCAACAAGGUGAAUGCCGAAUGUGACCGCGUCCAGGACUGCUCUGAUAACUCGGAUGAGACCAUUUGUGAUUGUGGCACCAGGCCUUACAAGCUGAAUCGCAUCGUAGGAGGGCAGAAUGCUGAGCUAGGGGAGUGGCCUUGGCAGGUUAGCCUUCACUUCUCAACCUACGGGCCGACUUGUGGUGCCUCAAUCAUCUCUAACACGUGGCUUCUUUCGGCCGCUCACUGUUUUGUCACCAGCAACUCAGAGAACAACAAUCCAUCCCGCUGGCUGUCCUACAGUGGCAUGCAGAACCAAUACAGCCAUGACAACGUGCAGUCCCGCAAAUUGAAGAGAAUCAUCCCCCACCCGCUCUACAAUCAAAUGACAUCUGACUAUGACAUUGCUCUGCUGGAGCUCAGUGAACCUCUGCAAUUUGCCAAUACCAUACAACCCAUCUGCCUACCCGAUUCCUCCCAUGUUUUCCCAGCAGGCAUGUCCUGCUGGGUCACAGGCUGGGGCGCUCUCCGAGAAGGAGCAGGUCAAGCUGCACAGAUUUUACAGAAAGCAUUAGUGAAAAUCAUCAACGACUCCGUGUGUGACGUGGUCACAGAAGGCCAAGUCACCUCCAGGAUGCUCUGCAGUGGAUACUUGUCUGGAGGCGUUGACGCAUGCCAGGGUGACUCUGGAGGCCCCCUGGUGUGCUUCGAAGAGAGCGGGAAGUGGUUCCAGGCGGGCAUUGUGAGCUGGGGAGAGGGCUGCGCUCGUCGGAACAAGCCUGGCGUCUACACGCGCGUCACCAAGCUCAGAGAAUGGAUUAAACAGGAGACAAAUAUUUGAUGUUUGUGUGGGGAACAGGCUGGGUUGCAGAGUUAACCCAUCCUGUUGCUCAAGGUCAUCAGUGCUUUAAAAAAAACCCAUCAGAAUGAACAUGUUAUUCUGAUCAGAACAAAGCUACUCGCAUCAGCUACUUGACUUCAGGCAUGGUAUUUUAUGUAAUUUUUAAAGACGAUCUUUAGCACAAUGAGCAUAGUUACCCCCAUCAAUUCUUGACCUCUUUAAGCGGUAAAUACACAGAGAAAUAUGAAAUAUAUAGUUUGUGAAUUAUUUUUUUCACUCUUUUUGUCCAGUGUGACUAUUUUAAGGGAUUCAGAGUGUUUCUGAGUACAUUAUCAUACUCUGGAAAGUGGUUGUAUUUUAAAGUUUUUAAUGUGAUUUUUUUUUUUUUUUUUUCCCCCUCUUUUGUGAGAUGCUUUCAUCCUCUUGCGGCAGUAAAUAUUGCCAGUAAGCUCAUGCGGUAAGUAGCUAUAAAUUUAUGGUUUUAUGUAAUGACAGAAGUUUCUUUAAAAACAAAAAAACAAUAGCUACAAUAAAAACAAAUAACACAAGAACAAAAAUCCAGGUAGGGGAAUUUUCAUAUCCUACUAAAAUGAAUGAAAACCAAAAACUGCCUUGAAGGUAGAAAAUGCAGUAAUCAAUCUAAAAGCCCACAGUUUGCUUUGGAAAAUGGCCAGCAAUAAAGUACACCGGUUUGUAGUCAGCAGUCUGAAAAUAGGAAAAACACUAGCAUGAGCAUUGAAGAGUUAGACUGGAGUGAUUCAUAAAAAGUUGUAGCAACCCAGAUCAGUUUAUUUGUUAUUUAUAGAGGGCCCUGCCGGUGAAUGAUUAGGCAAAAUCUCAUACUCAAGAGAAGGGCAGAGGGUGGUGUUUAGGUCUUGCUGGCUUUUGCACAUGUCUGCAGUUAAGCUCAGGGCGACUGGGGUCUUCAAUCACACAGCCUGAGUGUAAAUCAGUGCGGUUUUCACUAGUUGCAAGAGCAAUGCAAGCCAUUCUUCACCGUGAGAGCUUCCUCUGUUUGAUCACGACCCAACUUCACCUUAAGCAACAUAUCUGACCCGAUGGUUUAUUCUAACGCAACUGUUACACUCAGGAUAAGAACUAGAAUUUUCCAAGGAUUAUUUAUUGAAGGGGAGGAAAUAUUAGAAUAAACAAUUGGCAGAGUUAUAUACAUAUGUAAAUGUGUAUUAUUUUUUCAAAAUAUGUAUGUAGAAAGUUGGGAGAGGCUACAAAUUUUAGAAGAUAUUUUCAUAAGCAUUGUAUACAAACUGUGACUUGGAUUAUGGACCUUUUAUUCUCUGUGUGUGUGUGCGUUUGUAUCUAUUUUUAUAUGAGUCAUGAUAAUAAACAUCUUUUAUCUGAUUCCUCUGCACCUAAUUACA